UCAGCCUGAUGAUGCAAGUCCUUCAGGAGCGGAGUGAACUUUUGGGUUGACCGGAGAUUCCGCAUGAAGAUGGUUUGCUCCUGUGUUUUUCCAGGCUGCGUUAAUAAAGCGAACUCCUGGUCGCCGUACAGGUUUCACCGCAUUCCGUUGGCAGACUUCCACCUCCGGAUGCUGUGGCUCUCUGUGCUGGGGAUGGAUGUAAACACGCCACCGGCUGCUCUGAAGCAUCUCCGCGUCUGUAGCGCUCAUUUCACCGAUGAAGAUUACAUCGGGAAAACGGAGAAUAAGAAAGGCCAACUCCACCUGAAGGACCACGCUGUUCCAUCUACUCAGCUUCCUGCAAAGGCCUCAGCUACUGAUGACAACCCAGAGGUGAAAGCUGAAGGUUCUGGCAGCACCUCAGAGUCCAGUGAGAAGCAGACAGUUACGCUGAAAAUACCGAGGUCUCCAAAGCCUCCACAACCUCCUGUGAGGAGUAAAGGAGCCCAGAAUGUCCUUUUGAUACCUCGGGAUCCCCAUCGUGAUGUCAUCAGUCUUUGGCAACUUUCAGUGCGAGCUCGGCCAUCUUCAAACUCGGAAAUGCAGACAACGGACAGAGACUCCAUGGAAGCCAUUCCAGAGCCUGGAACAACGAAGGAUGCUGGAGACCCAGAGUCUGUUGGUGAAUCUUCCCCCAUAAAGCAUGAAGAGGAGGGAAACGGUGCUGAGGAGGAAGAAAACGGUGCUGAAGACGAGUCGCAGAGUAAACAAGCAAAAAACGAUGAACUUAAAACUGAUGAAUCUUCUUCAGAGGCUGUUUCCUCUCAGGAUGGAUUGAAAAUGGUUUAUAUUGAUGAUUCAGAAGGUGAAAAGGAGGAUACUGAAGAAAAGCCUGAAGAAAAAGAGGAAAACACUACGAAGGCCAAGGAAAGCUCAGAGGAGACGCCUGAAGGACCUGAUAUCAGCAAAGACACACAAAUGGACACAACUUCUGAUCUCAAAGAGGUCGAAAAACAGACAAACUAUGACAUGGAGGACGAGAGCAGGGCGGAGGAGGACGAGAGCUGGGUGGAGGAGGACAAGAGCAGGGCGGAGAAGGACGAGAGCAGGGUGGAGGAGGACGAGAGCAGGGUGGAGGAGGACGAGAGCAGGGUGGACGAGAGCAGGGCGGAAAAGGACAAGAGCAGGGUGGAGGAGGACAAGAGCAGGGUGGACGAGAGCAGGGCGGAGAAGGACAAGAGCAGGGUGGAGGAGGACAAGAGCAGGGUGGACGAGAGCAGGGCGGAGAAGGACAAGAGCAGGGCGGAGAAGGACGAGAGCAGGGCGGAAAAGGACAAGAGCAGGGUGGAGGAGGACGAGAGCAGGGCGGAGAAGGACGAGAGCAGGGCGGAGGAGGACGAGAGCAGGGCGGAGGAGGACGAGAGCAGGGCGGAGGAGGACGAGAGCAGGGCGGAGAAGGACGAGAGCAGGGCGGAGGAGGACGAGAGCAGGGCGGAGGAGGACGAGAGCAGGGCGGAGGAGGACGAGAGCAGGGUGGAGGAGGACGAGAGCAGGGUGGAGGAGGACGAGAGCAGGGUGGAGGAGGACGAGAGCAGGGCGGAGAAGGACGAGAGCAGGGCGGAGAAGGACGAGAGCAGGGCGGAGAAGGACGAGAGCAGGGCGGAGAAGGACGAGAGCAGGGCGGAGAAGGACGAGAGCAGGGCGGAGGAGGACGAGAGCAGGGCGGAGGAGGACGAGAGCAGGGAGGACGAGAGCAGGGCGGAGGAGGACGAGAGCAGGGAGGACGAGAGCAGGGCGGAGGAGGACGAGAGCAGGGCGGAGGAGGACGAGAGCAGGGAGGACGAGAAAUCCUCAUUUGCCACUAAGCUAAGUGUGUCUGCAGCUGAUGACCUCGAUGAGAUGAUGGACAUCGGGACUGUGGAUCAGAUGGAGCAGGAGGCUCAGAUGAAAGAGGAGGAGGAGGAGGAGGAGGAGAACCGUUCCCCCACAAACACCGUUUCAACCCUGGAAGAUGGCAACUCUGCUGAGGAGGAGGAGGAAGCUGACGUCAAACCAUCGGCUUCAGAUUUGAUGCAGUCGAGUUCGUCUCCAUCUUCUGAAGCAGCGGGGAGCACAGGCCGAGACAGCUCCUCACCUGCAACUGUGGUAAACGGGAUGAAGGUGGUCAAGUUGUCCAUCACCAGAUUAGAGUCUCAGGUGAGGCUGACAGAGACCGAAGAGAUGAAGUCGUCUCCUUCGCCUUCUUUGGCCAAAGUGAAGGACGAGCCGGUGGACGAGGAGUAUGAACAGGCGCUGAUUUCCUCCACGUCUACAGCGAGCGUCAAAGAUGAACCCAUCAAGGACGACCUGAAGAUCGGAUCAGUGUUCUCUGUGACUCCAUCUGGAGAAACGCUGCCCUGCGUCAACCCAUCAUCGGUCCACAUGUCCUGCUCCUACUGCAGGAAGAACCUGCUGAAGGGACAGACAGCUUUCCAGAGGAAGGGCUCCCCGGCGCUGUUCUGCUCCACGGCCUGCCUCACCACAUCAUUUCCUUCUGCCAAAGGAGCCACGAAGCUCUGCAACUACUGCCAAAAGUUGAUGCUCCAGCCUCAAGACAUCGUUCUGGCUCCAGAAGCCAAUGGAAUCAUAAAGGAGUUCUGCAGCCAGAGCUGCUUGACUUCCUUCAACUACAAGAAACACGCGCUCAGCAUUCGUGCAGCAGCUGUACCACCAAAAGCCACGCAGACGCAGUCCCUCUGCAGCAUGUGCUCCAGAUUCAGCACCAGCAAACACGAGGUGAUCCUGAGGGGCACCGUUCACAAGAUGUGCAGCGACUCCUGCUUUAACAGUUUCCGCACCGUCAACAACCUGACGAUGGCCGGCUGCGCCAACUGUGGCACGUACUGCCAGAGCAAACCCGUCAUGCUGAAGCUGGAGGACUGCAGCAAAACUCUGUGCAACAUGGACUGUUUGGCCAAAUACAAAGAGAAAACCAAGGUGAUUCUGCCAUGCUUGAUGUGCCGCGCUCCACACAUGCUUCCUCAGAUGUUCAGUAACAAAAACAGCGACGAGUCCGUGAACAUGUUCUGCAGCAACAGCUGUUUGAUGGCGUUCAAGGUUCAGAGCGUCAGUUCUUCAGGAGCUCGGUUAAACUGUGACACCUGUGGUAAGAACACGGUACCUUCGUACCACCUGGCCAUGUCGGACACCUCCAUCAGGAACUUCUGCAGUAUGCCAUGUGUCAUGACUUUCCAGGAGAAGUUCAAGAAGAACCAGACACAGUUGAACGUUUUCACCAAGUUACCAGUUGGAUCCUCUCAGACCCAGACUGCCACUCCGACGCAGCUUGUCGACGUGCCCAAACUGAACUGCUUCCAGUGCAGCCAAGCCAUCACUUCAAAACCUGAGCUCAUCCAGAUAAAGGACAAAAUAGUUUUCCUUUGCAGCUCUGACUGUUCGAUGGAGUACAAGAAGGCCAACGCUGUGAUGAGUCUGUGUGAAUACUGCAAGAUCGAAAAGAUCACCAGAGAGGCCAAGAGAAUCAACAACAAAGACUGCUACUUCUGCAGCGAUGGCUGUAAGCUCCUCUUCAGACAUGAGCUGAGUAAAAACUGGGGGAAGCACUGCCACUCCUGCAUUUACUGCCACUGUGUGUCCAAGAAGCUGGUGACGGCUCAGUACGGGGGAUCCGUCGAGGAGUUCUGCUCCGAGGAGUGCAGGUCCAAAUACACCAUGCUGUUCUGCCAUGUAGCAAAGUGUGACAGCUGUGGGCGGAAAGGGAAGCUGAAGCAGAGUCUCCCUCUGCUGGGAGAAGUCAAACACUUCUGUGGCAUCAGCUGUCUGCUGAAGUUCUGCUGCGAUAAGGUGGCCACUCAGGGGGAAGUCCUAAAAGCUACAGGUGAGGCCACGCCCGUCAUCGCCAGCGUCAUGUCGCUUGCCGACCAGCCGGCUGGAAAAUCCAAAUCGGCAGACAAACCGGCCCAGCAAGCCUCAAAGUCAAAAUCCAAGAACUCUGGAAACAUGGGUGUCCAAACAGACACACUGAAGUCCCAGCCUGCUCCUGCUCCUCCUCCUUCUGCCCCAAAGCUCUUGAAGAACAAAGCUCUGCUGUGUAAACCUCUGGUGCAGAAUAAAGGAGUUUCCUGCAAAACCCAGAUGGUCAGCGUGGAGGCGCAGACAGAUGACGUGCUUCCCAAAGUCAUGGUUCUUCCGGUUCCUGUUCCAGUCUAUGUUCCUGUACCCAUGAACAUGUACAGCCAGUUCGCUCCCAAACCUCUGAGCCUGCCUUUACCUCUGCCUGUGCCGAUGUUCCUGCCCGUGACCAUGGACAGCGCCGAGCGCAUCGUGGAAACCAUCCAGGAGAUCAAGCAGAAGAUCCCGUCAGAUCCGUACGAGGCAGAGCUUAUCCUGAUGGCUGAGAUGGUGGCAGAAGAGGACGAGGAGAAGAACAACAAGCUGGAGACUCAGAAAGAAAAAGCUUCGGGGAAAGAGACAGAAAGUAAAGAGACUCCUGCCCCAGAUGAUCACAUCAGUAACUACAGCGACGAUCUGGAUACGGAUGACUUGGCCAAUUUCCUGAACAACUGGGAGGAAACCUCCUCUGAAGCAGGCCUCAGGCUGCCGAGUCGACAGAACUCCUCUGGAAGGCCUAACCCAAUUCUGGACGUUCCCGUUGUCCCGCCUCCUGAACCAGAAUCUGAACCGCUGACACCUCCAGGCCCACCUCCUAUGGACAUCGAGGCUGAUUUCUCUAUUGACACCCUGGAGAGGAUGGCCCGGCUGAGGGAGCACUGCAACAGAUCUCCGAGUCCCACACCUGUGCCGAGACGAAGACAAGCUCAGAGGAAAGCCAGAGAUAAGAGGGGUCGUAAAUCACAGCGGGUUUCUAAAGCUGCUGAAGAGAGUCCUCCAAGAACCUCUUCCAAGAAGUCCGUGUCAGCUGAAAUCCUAAAACUAAAGAGUCAGUAUGGCAUUGAUGCGUGGAAACGCUGGAUCCGGUGGAGACAAACCCAGCCCAACAUGGAGCAGCGCCGCUUUGGCUCACGCCCUCUGGAGCUGAAGGAGGAUAUUCUCCGCUGCACGACAGCUGAACUCAGCUACGGUUUGUGUUGCUUCAUCACUGAGGUGAAACGACCAAACGGAGAGCCGUACUCCCCCGACAGCCUGUUCUACCUCUGCCUUGGAAUCCAGCAGUAUCUGUUUGAAAACGGUCGUGUGGAGAACAUCUUCAUGGAUCGUUUCUACAGCAAGUUCUCCUCAGACUUCACCAACAUGUUGAAAGGUUUUGAACCUACCAUCACUCCCAGGGGAUACAUCCAUUCACGCGUGGAGGAGGAGUUCCUCUGGGGCUGCAAACAGUUGGGGGCGUACUCCCCCAUCGUCCUCCUCAACACGCUGCUCUUCUUCUGCUGCAAGUACUUCGGCUUCACCACGGUGGAGCAGCACCGCCAGCUGUCCUUUGCGCACGUCAUGCGCUGCACCAAAACCAACCCGGACAACAGCAAGACGACCUUCCUGCGGUUCUAUCCGCCUAUACCCGUAAACGAAGCUGAGUCGGAUCCAGAUGGUGUUCCAGCAAAGAGGCGUAAAGAAGAGGAGAGUAAAGAGGAAAUCCUGGAGAUGAUGGAGAACACGGAGAACCCUCUUCGCUGUCCAGUCAGGCUUUAUGAGUUUUACCUUUCCAAGUGUUCGGAGUCGGUCAAGCAGCGCACCAACAUGUUUUACCUUCAUCCUGAGCGUUGCUGCGUCCCCAACAGUCCGCUGUGGUUCUCCUCGACUCCUCUGGAUGACAGCACCAUGGAAUCCAUGCUGAUCCGCAUCCUCACCGUCAGAGAGCUGCAUCUCAGGACCAAGAAAGACCAGCAGGUGGUUUCUGACCCACCUUUUAUACCUGAAGAAGAGGAUGAAGACUCCGAGUGAUAAAUGGAACCGAAGUGACCUUUUAUUGGUGUUGCAACUGGUUGUCCAAAUGUAAAUAAACUUAAACAGUCACUACAACUUGUUCCUGGUAAUUCAAAAUUGCAGUUUGCUGAGCUGCAGAAAAGUCACAUUUCCUGAACUCUGUUGAGCAAGAGUUGCACAUUUUCAAAUGCACACCGUUUCCGUCGACAGUUUACUGCUGCUCAGAAGAUGAAGACACAACGCUGAUAAGUUUAGUUGCUUCCUGUUGACACGGUUGCUUUUUUUCCUUCCAUGUGUUAUAAUUCCUAGCAUUUCAGUGCACGCAAGUCUUCUGUGUAUUUUAUUUUAUUAUUUUCCUCUUAAGGUAAAUGAUGGAUGUCCACAGUAAAGAUCUGGAGAUAUGCAUAAUUUAUUUCUGAGGAGUUUGUUUCAGCUUUCUCCAGGAUUUAGAAAAUCACAGUUGAUUUAAUAAAUCAAUCCUGAAAACGACUUAAUAUCUUUAAAACUAGUGAUUCACGUUAGAUUUUGGUUUUGGAGGGUCAGUGUCCUGCAUGUUCUAGAUGUGUCCUUGCUAUAAAAUACCUGAUUCAAAUCCUUGAAUUAUAAACCAUUGAACAUGCAGGAAAGCGGCUGUCAGGGGCAAGAAUUGCCCUUCCUUGUGGAAGAAAAUCACAACUUGUUUAAAAGAAAAUCUGAGGCCUUUUAGCCUGUUUACACUACUGUGAGAUUGCUUUUAAUGUAAAAUAAAAAGUAUUCCAAUAUUGCAAACUGCGAGGAGACCAUGAUGGUAAAUGGUAUGGGUUGGGGGUUGGUUUAAAGAAGUUAGUUCUCAAACAUUUUGAGAAUAAUUUGAAUGUAACUGAAGUCACUGAAGACAUGGUGAAUUGUGGGAAAAGGCAAAUACCCUAAACACGAUAUUUUGCAGUUUUUAAUAUGAGUUUUUGAUAUUUUUGGGAUAUUGUUGAAUCCAAAAUGAAUCCUGGGAUCAUAAUGCUGGGUAGCUGCAGCAAUCUUUGUCUCUCUUGGUUAUUUUAACCACCUGUCCUUAGAUUAUAGCUGUCUGUUUUCUAUGGUUUCUCUUUUUAAUAAAAUAAUAUCAAAGUUG